AUGAUGUCUUUGAGCAUCUCUCGAGAAUCUCCACCGUGCCCACGACGGCAUGGAAGGCGAUCGGAUCGGACGCAACCGCGGGGACCCUUUGUGAAGCUACCGGAAAGCAAAUUAACACCAAACGAAUGCCAAAGCAAAACGAACCUAAUUGUACGUAAUCUUUCCAAUCGCGUGGAUGAAGCGGUGCUUAAGCAAAUCUUUUCGCCAUAUGGAGAAAUUCUUUCUGCGGCUGUAAUGCGAAAUAUUCAUACGGGUGACAGUCUCGGAACGGCUUUUGUGCGUUUCGCCACAACAGAACAGGCGCGUGCGGCUCUGGUGGGUUGUCAUGGGCGAGUGGUUUGUGGCCGUGUGCUGUCGGUUCAAUGGGCGAAGAGGCAACACGAUGGCACUCCCGUAGGCGAGGCCCGAAAGAAAAUUGUGAAGUUAUUCAUACGUAACAUUCCUUUGGAUGUGGGACCUGAAGAUGUGCAACGUCUCUUUGAACGUUUCGGUACUGUGGAGAGCGUAUCACUGCACAAAGACACUGCUGCUGCAACUCCCACUACUGACAACAACCGACCCCAACGCCGCAUUGCAUUUGUGACAUUUACGGAAUCUGGUGUUGCUGAUCGUGCAGCUGAGGCUGUACACAACACUCGUCCCUUCCCAUCUCAUGGUUCCGUCCCAUUAAUGGUAAAACUUGCAGAAGAUCAUUCGGAGCGCCGGCUCGCUGCUGCCGCUGCUGUGGCUGGUGGAGGUUCGGGGCAUAACUCCCGUCGAAGACCGGAAAAUCAUCAGUCAAAUUCCACCUCAUCCCUAACUGCAAGUUGCGUUGGAGACAUGACUCCAACAAUUUCCGAUGCGGGUCGCUUUAGCGCAGCGUCGGUUCAUGUUGCUGUUCCCGACUCACCUGAGGCUUCCCUAAUAAAUAACUUGCCAUUGCCACGAGGCGGUGUAAAGCAACAAAGUCAACCGAGAGAAGCGGAGCGGUCUCAGCUCCCACUUGCUGCUGUGCUCGAUAUUUCUUUACUUUCGUGUUGCUCAGCACUUGCAGCGGAGGGGCUUCCACACAUGUCGCCGGAAACGUCGAGUGUCAGCGGAAGUGACCGCCAAUGGGCGCGGUGUUAUGUGCAUGAUCCAUACAAUCCGAGCCGUUCCCGCCAAUACUUGGAUGAAAAGUAG